AGUUUGUCCCUACGGCCGUCUCGUCUCGUAGACUCGUAGCAACGCAGCGCGUCCUUGGGGGCCACCCUCACUGCUAUGGCUACCGGUGGCGGCGUGGCCUCCAAAGAGGGGCUGCGCUACGCCGAGUACCUGCCCCCCUCCACCCAAAGGCCGGACGCCGACAUCGACCACGCAGCGGGAAGGAGGCUGAUAGCUGUGGGACUUGGCGUUGCAGCUGUUGCCUUUGCAGGUCGCUAUGCAUUUCAAAUCUGGAAACCUCUAGAACAAGUAAUCACAGAAACAGCAAAGAAGAUUUCAUCACCUAGCCUUUCAUCCUACUAUAAAGGAGGAUUUGAGCAGAAAAUGAGUAGGCGAGAAGCUAGUCUUAUUUUAGGUGUAAGCCCAUCUGCUAGCAAGGCCAAGAUUAGAACAGCACACAAGAGAAUGAUGAUUUUGAACCAUCCAGACAAAGAGCAAUUGACUGAGCAAGAAAUGUGUUUAAGUGCCUCCUUGAAGUCCUUUUCUCCUGAAUGUCCUCUGCCCCUUCUGGGUCAAGUGCAUGCUCUUGGCUGUGAUUGAUUGCAAUAGUAUUAAGCACUCCUGUCUGUCAGAUGAUUGAUAAGUUGUUGGUUGUUUCUACCAGGAAGGAAGCAAGUUCUAAAAUGUAUCCAAGAGAGCAUGUUGUUUUACAUAAAAAUUAAAAUUAAAAAAUUAAAAUGGCCCAGUAAUACCCAAAA